CAUAACUAUACCCUUGUGCAAUACGGUCGCGCAGGCUUAGCUGUGACGAAGAUAGGCUGAGGUCAGGUCUGUGGGUGGACAGAUCGCCGGAAUAACUAACUUCUAUUAUAACCAUGCCCGGUUCCAUCCCCGCAAUUUAACUGCAGGGCACAGGAGCAGAUCCGCUGGUGAUAAAAGAGAAGGGCGACAGGAGCGGACCGGACACUGCGGCAAAUUGCCUCAAGGCGGAGGGACCGUAAAUGCAGCAGGUGGACAUGGAGGAGGCGAACGGAGACGUUAAAAGCGACAGGGUCCCCGAGCCCGAGGCGAACUCUCGGGCUUUGUGCGGUGCCUGCUGUCGACGGCUGUCUAGCUGGAUUCCGGUUAACUACAAAGAAGAGAUCAUUCAAAUAGUAAAAUUAGCUGGACCCGUGUUCAUCUCUCAGCUGAUGGUCUUUCUAAUAAGCAUCGUCAGCACGGUGUUCUGCGGCCACCUGGGGAAGAUGGAGCUGGCAGGGGUGGCUCUUGCCAUCGCCGUGAUCAACGUCACUGGCAUUUCCAUUGGGACUGGACUAGCAUCCGCCUGUGACACGCUUAUAUCUCAGACGUUCGGAAGCAACAACCUGAAGCAUAUAGGCGUGAUCCUUCAGCGAGGGAUUCUGAUCUUGUUAUUGGCCUGCUUCCCAUGUUGGGCGUUGCUCAUCAACACGGAGCCCCUCCUGCUGGCUGUGCGGCAAAACCCCAAGGUGGCCAGGCUAUCUCAGCUGUACGUGAAGAUCUUCAUGCCUGCCCUGCCUGCAGCUUUCAUGUACCAGUUGCAGGGUCGGUAUCUCCAGAAUCAGGGUAUAAUAUGGCCACAGGUCAUAACAGGAGCGGCAGGAAAUGUGCUGAACGCCGUAAUCAACUAUAUCUUUCUGUAUAUGCUGGACCUGGGAGUGGCCGGGUCAGCUGCAGCCAAUUCCAUCUCCCAGUACUCCCUGGCUGUGUUCCUGUUCAUCUACAUCUGGUGGAAGGGUCUACACAAAGCCACAUGGAGAGGCUGGUCCAUGGAAUGCCUGCAGGAAUGGGGCCCCUUCAUCCACCUUGCUGUUCCCAGCAUGCUUAUGUUGUGUCUUGAGUGGUGGACCUACGAGAUUGGAGGAUUUCUGGCAGGUCUGAUAAGUGAAGUUGAACUUGGCGCACAAUCUGUGGUCUAUGAACUGGCAACCAUCGCCUAUAUGUUCCCCCUAGGCUUUGCGGUGUCUGCCAGUGUCCGGGUAGGGAACGCCCUGGGUGCCAGGAAUCCAGAACAGGCCAAACUGUCCGGCAAGGUGUCACUGAUGUGUGCAAUUGUCGUCUCGUGCUUUGUGGCAGUAGCCAUCAGCUCCUCGAAAGACGUGUUCGCAUACAUAUUCACGACGGACAGGGAGAUUGUUACCCGGGUUUCGGAGGUGAUGAUCAUGUAUGGCUUGUUCCACAUCUUCGAUGCCGUAGCGUGUGUGACAGGGGGCAUCGUGAGGGGUGUGGGCAAACAGAUGAUUGGUGCACUGUGCAACCUUGUGGGAUACUACCUCGUUGGCUUCCCCAUUGGCGUGACACUCAUGUUCGUCACCAACAAGGGAAUUAUCGGCCUGUGGACGGGCCUCUUCACCUGUGUCUUACUACAGUCCGUUUUCUUCAUUAUCCUUCUCGUGAAAAUGGACUGGAAGAAGGCAAUGGAAGAGGCUCUCAUCCGGUCAGGUGUGAAGACAAACUGUGGACCAGCUGAGGGCACUGUUUUGGAAAAGCAAGACUCCAUCCAAGCUGUGGCCAUGGAAGUCAUGUCGGAGGAGACAAGUCCCAGGGAGGCUCAUGACGUCGAAGUGGAAGAGCUGAACAAGAGAUCAGAAAAGGUAGCCCUCGGAAAGGUGGGCCAGCCGUUGUCCAUCCGGCAGUUGGUGCUGCGCAGGAGCCUGGCAACCUUCUGCAUGCUCCUGGUGCUCGCCGCAGGAAUCACAGCCAACGUGAUCUUCACCAGACUGCUCAGUUGAGCCUCAGACUCGUAUUUUGCUCCACCAUACUCCACCCAUCUGCACCAUGAGGAAACUCAGCGGAGAUAGAAAACCAAAGUGGGGACAUCCAGAUGAAGACAGAGUCACAGACACAAACACACGUAGGGAGUCACUGAAUUACAUACAUACAUACAGAAUUACAUAAAAACAUGCGUACAGAGUCACAGACACAAACACACGUAGGGAGUCACCGAAACAAACAUACAUACAGAAUUACAUAAAAACAUGCGUACAGAGUCACAGACACAAACACACGUAGGGAGUCACCGAAACAAACAUACAUACAGAAUUACAUAAAAACAUGCGUACAGAGUCACAGACACAAACACACGUAGGGAGUCACCGAAACAAACAUACAUACAGAAUUACAUAAAAACAUGCGUACAGAGUCACAGAAACAAAUGUCCACCCAGAGUCACAGAAACAAACAUGCAUACGGAGUCACAGAAACAAACAUGCAUACGGAGUCACAGAAACAAAUGUCCACCCAGAGUCACAGAAACAAACACGCAUACGGAGUCACAGAAACAAAUGUCCACCCAGAGUCACAGAAAUAAACACGCAUACGGAGUCACAGAAACAAAUGUCCACCCAGAGUCACAGAAAUAAACAUGCAUACAGAGUCACAGAAACAAAUGUCCACCCAGAGUCACAGAAAUAAACACGCAUACAGAGUCACAGAAACAAAUGUCCAACAUGGGUUCAAAUUGAACCCUGGCUGAAAGGCCCCCAGGGGCCUGUCAUGGGGACCGGGAGGACAGAGAUGAUGGGUCAAGCAAAAGAAGUGUGUCACUUACUUCUCAGGUGUUACCUGCCCAUCUCAGGUUCUUUAUGAACUUGGUUGGCUUUCACAAGAGUGCGCACCAUCCGUGUCUGAAUAAAUAUGUGCGAAAAGCA